UUUCCUUAAAACUCAUUUUUCUAAAAUUCUCUUCUUACCUGUUUGCUUUAGAUCCUCCAAGGAACGUCUCAGUGUCCAACAGUUCCUCUGGUGAAAUGGUAAAUCUGACCUGUAGCAGUGAUGCUAACCCACCUGUGGAGAUCUACACCUGGUUUAAAGAAGGUGGAGACUCACCUGUAGGAUCUGGACAGAGUUAUGUUCCUCUACAGAGUGGAUCCUACUACUGCCAGGCUCAGAACCAACAUGGAGCUCAGAGAUCAGCUGCUGUUUCAGUGGUUUCUGACAUUCUGAAGAAUUACUAUCAAUCGUUGAUUCUAUACAUAGCUGUUGGAGCUGGUGGAGUUUGUGGGCUUGCAAUCACAUUUAUCACUGUGUUUUUCUGCAUGAGGAGCAGGAGAAAGAGGCAGGCUGGAAACGUGGAUGAACAAAUCUAUGCGAAUGUCAUGCGAGAGACCCGUCCUCCUCAUAAUGAUGAUAAUAAUGAUGAUAAUGAUGAUGAUGAUGAUGAUGAUAUUCUAGACUACGAGAACGUUCCGGUGAGUUCCACAUGUUAGCAGAGACUUAUUACACUUUCCCACCUUGUAGAAACCAAAAAUUAAAUCAACUGUCACUCAUUUACCUUUUUCAGAAAUAUUUCUCACAAAUUACUCAUGUUACUUAAGUUUAACUGUACAGACUGUACUUGCUUUUUGAUAUUUUUUGCAGGAUUCGAGGAAGCAACACUGAGACUGUUGCCAAACAAAACAUCAACAACAGCUGGACAAAACACAGUAUGGAAAUUCUAUUCUAUUCUAUAAACUACAGACAACAUUUCUCCCAAAUUCCAAAUAAAAUAUUGUAAUUUAGAGCAUUUAUUUACAGAAAAUGAGAAAUGUCUGAAAUAACAACAAAAAAGAUGCAGAGAUUUCAGACCUCAAAUAAUGCAAAGAAAACAAGUUCAUAUUCAUAAAGUUUUAAGAGUUUAGAAAUCAAUAUUUGGUGGAAUAAUCCUGGUUGGUUUUUAAUCACAGUUUUAAUUCAUGCAUCUUGGCAUCAUGUCCUCCUCCACCAGUCUUACACACUGCUUUUGGAUAACUUUAUGCUGCUUUACUCCUGGUGUAAAAAUUCAAGCAGUUCAGUUUGGUGGUUUGAUGGAUUGUGAUCAUCCAUCUUCCUCUUGAUUAUAUUCCAGAGAUUUAAAUUUGGUAAAA